GAAAAACUGGAGGAACGCAGAAAGCGAAGAAGUAGACGAAAGGGUGUUCACCUCGAGAAGGAGCGAAAGCGAGAUGAUGAAGUAGCCACCUUCGUAGUUCUACCGUGUGGCCACUUUCUGUGCCGACGCUGCCGCACAAGAUGCGCUAGUAAUAGAGACGAUGACAUUGCAGUAGAGGC